AUGCAACUCCCGAACUCCCACGCCAGCAGGGGCCGCGGAAGGCAACACAACGCUGACACACAUCAACCGAGACACGUGGACAACACCAGACUGAAGGUGUACAACAUAGACGACUACGAGAAGCUGGUGUCUGGAGCACAAGAAAAUGCUUUCGCCUCACAACUCGAAAUCUCACCUGGAACGUUCCUCACUAACCUCGCUACAGGCACCAACCGGAUAUUAGGCGAGCUCGCAGAACUGUCAUCGGGGCCUUUCCCAACGUACAACAACCAGUCGAAGCUUGCGCCGUACGCGGACGCGUUGAAGCAGGCCACGGCGCCUGUGGCGAACCCGAUGCCCAUGCAGCCAGCUAUGCAGAGCCCCGGAGUGGUACCUCAGGUGAUGCCACAGCCAGUAGUCGCCAUGCCACAGGUCGCGGCCAUGCCACCUGUGGCGGAGGCAGUACCGGUGGUUCCAGUCAUGCAGCAACCCGUGCAAGCUAUGCCGGCUGCGAUGCCCGUCGUGCAGAUGCAGCCUCAGGAGCCAGCCAGCCCGGAAAAGGUGAAUGCAAUCCUCAAAGAUGCGUUUGCAGCGAAAUCACUGCCAGCGCUGCCUGAUAGAAAUUUCAACCUAAUUAUAAUAGGGGUCGUCGGAGUCGCCGUCGUCGUCUUCAUCAUAGCCGGAAUUGUUGUCAGAAUCAAACAGAAGAAAAAGUCGAGCAAGAGGUCAUAG